CAUCUCCUUGCGAAUUCGGCCUCGCCCCUAUUUUCGGAUCCGAGCGCGACCCCGAAGGACCCCGGUCAACAAACAAACAAAGGACGAGCGACAACAAAUUCGACUGCUCCACUGUUUCGUAUACCGGACACUUAGACCGUCUCCCAUUACCACUCUGCACAAAGUCUCUAGCUCCCUCUUGACUCUCACUCCUCAUCAUGUCUCACGAAGACGCCUACGAGCUGGAACGACAGCGAAUCAUCAAAGAGAACCUGGCGUUGCUCGAAUCCCUCGGUCUAGGCGGUAACACCUUGAAACCUAAACACCCCUCCUCGUCCACCUCGAAACGACCCGCUUUAACGAAACGCACCUCUUCAAGGGCGGACUCGUCGCUUCGUCGGAGUGCUAGGAACGUCAAUCGAGAUCAAAAGACGCCUAGGACUCGUCCUGUCGUUCGCCAUCAACGCCGGCUUAGCGACUUCAUCGUCGACGACGACGAUGACGACUCACACUUGAAGCAACGAACCGGAGAGGGACUGGGUAAAGGCGUAGCUCUGGCUCGUCUCCAUAAUCCUAAGCAGUUCGGCUCGAUCCCUGAUGUACCCGUUGGCAAGGCCUGGCCACUCCGAGCAGGAGCAUCUAUGGAUUCGAUCCACGCCCCCCUCGUAGCCUGCAUCUCUGGGAACCCAACAGUCGGCGCCUGGUCGGUCUGUUUCUCUGGGGGUUACGAAGACAAUAUCGAUCUGGGCGAAUCGUUCGUCCUCACCGGAGCUGGGGGCAGGGACUUGAAGGGGAACGGCAAGAACUUGCGGACGGCGGAACAGAGCUUCGACCAGAGUUUCGAGCAUGCUAUGAAUGGGGCGUUGAAGAGGAGUAGCGAGACGGGGAAGCCGGUCAGGGUCGUCAGGGGCUACAAGACGGACUGCGAGUGGGCGCCGUUGGAAGGUUACCGCUACGACGGUCUCUACAAGGUCACCUCUGCCCGCCUCAUCCCAUCCUCCGUCACCGGCUAUAAAGUCUGUACCUUCCAGUUCAAACGACUCCCUCGACAGCCUCCUAUUCCUCGAAGGUCGGACGUGGUUGAGGAAGAGACGGGUGGAGAUGUGAAGAUGAAGUCGGGAGCGGCGGGGUCUCUACCUGGAUCGAAGGCCGGAUCAGGGUCGGGCUCGGAGGCAGCAGAGCUGGACGAGGUAGACGAGCUGGCUCUGGGACCCGUCGCCGAACUCGACCCUGCGCCUGCACCUGCGAUUGCGCCCCCCUCGAGGAGGUACAGUACGAGGAUUCAAGGGCCUGUACUACCCAACCCUCCGUCCGUCUUGGCGACCCCGCCUGUCACGAAAAGGUAUAGCACGAGGAGCGCUCGUGCUCGACCUUGAGAUCGAGUAGGACACGAGGGUCUCAUACGUGAGUAGAAAGGAGCCUUUCCGGGAGCUGGAUCAUGCAGAUAGCAGGUGGCGCUGAUUCGAUUUGCGCUUAUUCGUCCCUAUCCGGCUGCGCAACUCAUGACUGAAGCGGCACGGCAAGCACAUCUAUUUCGGACUUGUACGUGAGUGAAGGGAUCGUGUGAAAUUGGCUCUCACUUAUAUGACGGUCCA